AUGGAUAGUCUACAUUCUAUGUGGGGCAAUCUCCAUUUGAAUGAAGAAGAAGAGGAUGCUAUUGUUAUUGAUGAGAAUGUAUGUUCUGAGGUGCAACGUAAAGGAGAACGCAGCUUGAUUGGGAAAAUAUGGAGUGAUAGACAGGUGGGUAAGAAUGUGGUGGAGUCUACAUUUGCAAAAAUCUGGCGUCUUAGUAAAUCUGUUGUGCUGAGGGAGGUUGCUCCUAAUACUUUUAUCUUGAUUUUUGCCACUCAUGCUGAUAAAGAAAGGGUUGAAGGUGGCAGGCCAUGGUUUUUUGAUGGCCAUCUGUUUGUUAUUAACCCUUUCGAUGGAUCCAUUCCAGUUUCUGAGAUGAAGUUUGAUCAUGCCUCGUUCUGGGUGCAGUUUCAUAAUCUACCUUUGUUGGGAAUGAAUAAAGAAUGUGGGGCUAAGUUGGGUAGUACAAUAGGAGAAGUUGAGGAGGUUGAGGUUGAUGAAGAUGAUGUGGCUUGGGGUAGGAGUCUGAGAGUGAAGAUUAUGUUAGAUUUGAGGAAACCUCUUGCUAGAGGAAGAACCAUUGUCUUGCAUGGAGUCAAAGUAUGGAGUCCUGUCAAAUAUGAGAAAAUCCCUCGGUUUUGUUUCACGUGUGGUAGAAUUUUACAUGGGAGUGUAGGAUGCCAAGUACAGAAAGAUGUAUCAAUACAGUUUGGAUCCUGGCUACAUGCAGAGUCACCUCUGAAGAAGCGAUGGGAGAUAAAGAAGGAACUUUCCACUGACAAAGGCAGCAGUUCAGAAGCUGGUAUGGAGUAG